AUGCCCGGACUUCUUCUCAAGAGCGACGAAAAGUGUCAAGUCUGCAAGAAACAGAAACAUGAUGCUCGCGUCUAUCGAUGGAAGCUCAUUGCUGGGCUCUGUCUGCCGUUUAUACUCGCAACAUUGGACCUGACAAUCGUCGCUACGGCGUUACCGUCCAUAGCCUCCCAUUUCAGACUGACGGUAAUUAUUGCAGAUGAGUUUGACGAGCUAAACUGGAUUGUUACUGCUUUUACGUUGACAUCAACUACCUUCAUUCCCAUGUUCGGUCAGUUCGCCGAUGUCUUCGGGCGUGGCGAGACCCUCCAUCUCUCUUUGUUUUUGAUGAUCAUUGGAAGUGUGUUGUGUGCGGCUGCGCAGACAUGGGGCAUGCUUCUACUAGGAAGAGCUUUGCAGGGUGUGAGCGACGCCGGACUGAUGAACGUUGUGAUGAUCAUUCUUUCAGACAAAGUGUCUCUGAAAGAAAGCGCAAAGACUAAGUCCCUCUUUACCCUUGUUGGGGGUAUAGGCUACGCCGUCGGACCAACUGUCGGAGGAUAUCUAACAGAUGCUAACUGGAGAUACUGCUUUGUGAUAUCUAUACCUAUCGCUGUUAUCGCCCAUAUACUAGUCUUCAUCUUGCUACGCAAUGAACUCGUCGAAGGGACAAUGUUCAAGAAGGGCUCUCGACUGUCAGGGAUUCUCCCAGCUCUCGCAACUGUCGACAUCAUCGGCUCCAUUCUCUUCAUCUUCGGUGUUGGACUCAUCAUCCUAGCCACUGCAUGGGGUGGAGCUACUUACUCCUGGUCAGCACCUCAGGUCCUGGCACCAUUGGUAGUGGGCAGUAUUUGCUUCGUCUUAUUCUUCGUCUACGAAUAUUUCCUCGAGCCAGGCCGCAUAUUCGCCCGAAUCUUCCCAAAGCAGGUAGCCAUGCUCCCAUACAGCAUGUUCGCUAGAAGAGACACGAUCUGGCUGGCAAUCGUGCAGUUCUCUACUGGAGCAGCAAUGUACUCCAUAUUCUACUACAUCGGAAUCUACUUCUCCCUAGUAGAAGCCUACCCAGCCUCAAAAGCAGGCGUGCAGUUACUAUACUACAUCCCCGGAAUGGGAGUCGGCGUCUACAUCGCCGUCUUCCUCUGCAACGUCUGGCCAGCCCAGAGCUUCUUCCCCCUUAACAUCGGCACAAUCGUCAGCACCGUCGGCCUCGCCAUGGUCGUAUAUGCCAUCCACACCCAAAACACCAGUCUAAUCAACGGUAUGAUGGCCAUAACGGGCGCGGGGACAGGACUCCGCUUCAUGCCCGCCACAUUGCACAUGGUAGGCGUGUGGCCGGAGAAGAUCGCGCCCGCGCAGUCGUUGAUGCGGUUCGCGCAACCGUUCGGCGGGACUCUCUCUUUGACUAUCAUGGGGAGUGUUUUCAAUAACAAAUUUGCGCGGGCGUCGGUUGUUUCUGGGGGCGGGGGGCUUGAUGUUCAUGAUACGAACUCUUUGGCGUUUAUUGCAGAUUUGCCGGAGGAGGCGCAGAGGAGUGUGAGGUUGGUGGGCAGGGAUGCCAUCAUGUGGGCUUAUAUUGCUGUUUUGCCGAUUAUGGGGCUGAGUCUUGUUACGGGGUUGUUUAUUGGGAAUGUGUGGAUCAAGCCGAAGUCGAAGGUGGAUGAAGAGCAAAGGGAGGGAUUGGAGGAUGAGGGCAGUCAUAGUGAGGUGAUCUAUGUGCCUUAUUUGUGGGCGUUGUUGAAGGGCAAUAUCGACUCCUACAAAAAGACCAACAGGAUCAUACCAGAAAGCAACAGCAAGUCCGCCGAUUUGAAUAAUUCAUAA